AUGGUUCAUGUAACCGCAACAACCUUGCAUCUUCAUUAUGAUUUAGAAAAGCCGGGUUAUCAUGGCUAUGAUCGUCGACAUUUUCCUGAAAAGCAUCGUUAUGCUUUUAGUGAAUGUAGUGCAAAGCCAAGAGGUCGUCUUUAUAUCUCUUCGCCAAGAUCAAAUCCUGAUGAUGAAUGGCGUCCACACGGACGGCAUGUUGAACCAAUGUAUACAGAUAUUGGACCGGAUUGGCAAUCUCGGAUUCGUUAUAUUCCUUCGCCACACAAUUCCGACACGAAGCCUACACUACCAGUUGGAUUAAUAGAAAAAAAUCUACAUUUCGUUCGUCCUUAUCCUCAAAAUUGGCAACGUUCAGCGAAUGAAUGGAUGUAUUUUGCUGACGAAUCAAUAAACCAAAAUUCAUCUAAACGUAAUCAUUUUGAUAAUAUACAUCUUCGUUCAUUAGAAGAUCUCGGUGAUCAAAACAUGUCGAUGGUACAAAUUGGACAUAAGAAAAAAGUUUUAGAUAUUCGUAAUGGUUUGAAGAAAAAAUCCGAAGGCGACAAAAACUAUCGGACUGUUGAGCAAUCGCCUGAAUUUCAUAAAUACGGUACAACAUUGCCUGUUGUCGAUUUUGGACACGAAAAGAAACGACAAGGAAAUGCGAGAAACUUCGUACCAAUGAGAAAUGAUAGAAUUCACAUUAUUGAUGAACGUGAAUUUACUCAAAAAGAACGCCAACAAGAAAAAGAAAAUAUUAUUGAUGAAGUGGUUCAGUUAGACAAUUGGAAGCCGGCCGAACGCGUUAAAAGUGCAUUUAAAGUAUUUGAUCUUGAUCCAAACGAUAAAUAUGGAGGAAAGUACAGACCUCGUAUUCGAUAA